ACCCUUUCCUACUCCCACGUUCGGAAAAACGUCGGCCGCCAAUCUUGCCGAAACUUCCCUUCUCGCCGCGGCGAGCCUCUCUCUCCUUCUCCUUUCCGCGCAGUUUGCUCCGCCUCUCUCUCCCUCUCCCCUUCUGGCGUUUAUUCGGCAGCUGCGAGUUCGCGACACGCCUGUGAGAACGUGUGCUCCUUGUCGGCAAGGGAGCGUUCUGCUUCGGUAAAUCACGAGGAAGAAGUUAGCGUCUUUUCAUCUUUCUUAUUGAAUUGUACGAGCUUGUAUUAUCGGGGAUUGGUUGAUUUCAGUCAUUGGCAAUGGGUUGGUGUAGUCAUUGUGACGACGAAUGCCCAAUCUUUAGGGAUCCUGACAAUGGAUAUGUGUGCUGUGCCUUAUGUGGAAGGAUUCUCGAUCAAGAUAUUUACUACACUGGUCCCACUUUUGCGAAGGAUAGUAGUGGUCAGAGUCAACUAACUGGUAAUCUCAUGAAGAUUUUGCAACAUGAAUUAUCUGGAUCAUAUGAAAGAACUCUAAAGAGAGGAAAAGAUGAGAUUAGCUAUAUUGUAAGUGGCCUGGACAUUAGCGGCGGAGAUCCUUUAAUCGACAAUGCACAUGUUUUCUAUCAGUUGGCGGUAGAUAAGAAUUUCACCAAAGGACGCAGGCUACCUUAUGUUGCAGCAGCUUGUCUCUAUCUUGCUUGCAGGCAACGGAAAAUGGCCUAUCUUCUCAUUGAUUUUUCUGACUACUUGCAGAUAAGUGUAUAUGUGCUUGGAGCUGUGUUUUUGCAACUUUGUAAAACUUUGAAGCUCUUGGAGCACCCAAUUGUCCAGAAUAUAGUGGAUCCUAGUCUUUUUAUCAAUCGAUUUACAGAGCGACUUUUAGGCAGAAAGAAUAAUGCAGUUUCUGAUACGGCUCUUCGCUUGGUUGCAAGCAUGAAAAGAGAUUGGAUGCAGACAGGGAGGAAACCCAACGGAUUAUGUGGUGCAGCAUUAUACAUAUCUGUACAUUCUCAUGGACUUAAUUACUCCAAAUCAGAUAUUGGUUCUGUUGUACACAUUUGUGAAGCGACUCUAACUAGACGACUACUAGAGUUUGAAAGUACAGAGUCUGGUAGCUUAACUAUGGAGGAGUUCCUUUUUAGGGCUGAAGAUGUAGAUGGAGAAUCUCCAUCCAUUCAAUUACCUAAGCCUGGUAAACUUUUAUGUCAGCACAAAGAAACUGAUGCACCUCAUUUUGCUCAUGGACUUUGCAAGGAAUGUUAUGAUGAGUUCAUUGAAAUAUCCGGGGGACUUCAAGGUGGUACUGAUCCUCCAGCCUUUCAACGUGCUGAGAAGCAGAGGAUGGAAAAAAUAAAAUUACCAGAUGAAUCCAACCUAGAUAACCAGGAAACAAAUGAGAAGCAUAUAAAUAUCCCUAAUGAGGGAAGCUGUGAUGUUAAUUCGACUUCAUAUGUUAGCCCUGUUGAAGGAAAACCAUCAAAGGAACUUCGAAGUGCUGAUCCUGCAGGGCAUGAGUCGAUUGACCCAUCAACUUUCAGUGAACAAUAUGGUUUUUCAGACUCUGAAAAUGAUGGGAGUGAUCAUUUUUCUGACAUUGAUGAUGCUGAGGUAAAUGGAUAUCUACACACUGAGAAAGAGAAGGAACUUAAAAAGAUUAUAUGGGAAGAAAUGAACAAAGAGUAUCUUGAGGAACAAGCAGCAAAGGAAGCUGCUGCUGCAGCUGCCAAGGAGGCAUAUGAAGCGAUGUAUGCAAAUGCUUCAGAAGAUUUGCUAGCCGCAAAGGAACUUGUGGAAGCAACUGAUGCAGCUCUAGUAAAAUCUAAAAAGGAAAAGAAACAAAGACGUAUUGCAGAAGUUAAAAAUAUGAUUCCUGCACGGACUCCUCUUGAAGCGGUACGUCGGAUGCUUAUGAAAAAGACUUUCAGUGCAAAAGUCAACUACGAAGCGUUGGAAACUAUGUUCUCGUCCGAACAAAACCAUGCAAAAAAGCAAAAAGUUGAAUUGGAUGUUGGUGAUCCUCAUGAAACUCUCGACAAGAAAGAUGAUCAUGCAGAUAUUCUAGAUAACAAGGAUGAUGAUGGGCCAGGAGCAUCUGACAAUGAUAAUUAUGAUGUUAAUUAUGAUGAUUACAAGGGAGGUAAUGAUGAAUAUGAUUAUGGAGAUGAAGACCAUGAUUAUGAGGAUUUUUGAUUUUGCAUGAUUGGGGCAACACCAAUCACACCUUUGUCCCACUAUCAUCUAUAUUUAAAUGAAUUAUAUCAUAUUUUAUUAUUGUUAAGCUUUCUUUGUGGCAAAAGGCGAAUACGCUAGCCCCGAGCGUCCCCGCCAAUCCGUCCCAGGGCCAAUUCAACUUCUUAGUAGUCAAUUAACCUCUAGGUUUCUUAAUUCUCCUGCAUGACUAGUAAACUUGUGUCAUGGUGAUUAUAUGUCGUUUUGUUUUUGCUUCUCUAUUUGGUGUAGAGUAAGGCAUUUAUUAAUUUUGUAAACUGCAUCAGUUGGAUCUGCGUUCGUUAAAAUAGUACGCUAGUAGCUUGUUGUCAACUCAAUUGCAGUCUAGGUGGCUUUUGAACAAGAAUAUAAACGUUAUUUUGUAA